UAGCGUGCCGCCAUUGAGAGUGUGUGUUGACGGUGUUCGGCCAACAUUUACAUUGACAUUGAAAGCAAAGGGGGUACACUUAGUUCGGUGUAAAAGAGAGGGAGCAUUGAAAAUUGCAAACAAUGGAAGCUGAGUUUUUGAUCGAAAAUCACGACGAACAGGUGAAAGACGAGGAUGAUGAGAGUGAUGGAAACACCAGCUUUCUGAGGGCUGCAAGAGAUGGGAACUUGCAAGAAGUGCUUGAAUACCUGAAAGGAAGCACAGACAUCAACACCAGCAACCCAGAAUUAGAUAUUGUUUCAUCUAGUCUUCUGAAUGGAUUGAAUGCUUUACAUUUGGCCUCCAAAGAAGGUCACAUAGACAUCGUGCAAGAACUUCUGAAGAGAGGAGCAAAUGUUGAAGCAGCGACAAAGAAAGGAAACACAGCUCUACACAUUGCCUCUCUUGCGGGACACCUGAACAUUGUCAAACUUCUGGUCGAUAAUGGUGCAAAAUACGAUGUACAGGCUCAUGUCGGAUUCACUCCCCUGUAUAUGGCUGCCCAGGAGGGACAUGCUGAUGUUGUUAAGUACCUCCUGUCCAGUGGGGCAAACCAGAGUCUGUCCACAAAGGAUGGAUUCACUCCCCUUGCUGUGGCCCUACAACAAGGACAUGAGCGAGUGGUCAGUGUACUUCUCGAAAAUGACACCAAGGGCAAGGUCAAACUUCCCGCCCUUCAUGUAACCGCCAGAAAAGAUGAUGUCAAAUCAGCAGCCCUCCUUUUGCAGAAUGAACAGAACAAUGUUGAUGGCCAGACUAAGACAGGAGGUCUGGUAAAUGACACUACAAAGGAUAAUCACAGUGUUGGUAGUGGCUUUACUCCUCUGCAUAUAGCUGCUCACUAUGGCAACACAAAUGUUGGAUCCCUGCUCAUUCAAAGAGGAGCAGACGUCAAUUUCAAAGCAAAGAAUAACAUCACCCCACUGCAUGUUGCUUCAAGAUGGGGAAAACCAACCAUGAUAACACUUUUACUGGACAACAAAGGCAUUGCUGAUGAGAAAACCAGGGAUGGGUUAACUCCCUUGCACUGUGCAGCUAGGAGUGGACAUGAGAAUGUGGUGGAUCUAUUAAUCGAGAGAGGUGCUCCUAAAUCUGCCAAAACCAAGAAUGGCCUGACUCCACUCCACAUGGCUGCCCAGGGAGACCACGUGGACUGUGCCAGACUUCUGUUGUACCACAGAGCACCUGUUGAUGAUGUCACUGUGGACUAUCUGACACCGCUCCAUGUGGCUGCUCACUGUGGCAAUGUCAAGACAGCUAAGCUUCUACUGGACAGGAAGUGCGAUCCAAACUCCCGAGCUCUCAACGGAUUCACGCCACUUCACAUCGCUUGCAAGAAGAACAGAAUCAAGGUUGUUGAACUUUUGUUGAAAUAUGGAGCAACCAUUGAAGCCACGACAGAGUCUGGUCUGACCCCACUCCAUGUUGCAUCUUUCAUGGGUCACAUGAACAUCGUGAUCUACUUGAUACAAAACAACGCUAAUCCAGACUUCACCACAGUACGUGGAGAGACUGCUCUCCACCUGGCGGCUCGAGCCAAUCAGACGGAUAUCAUCCGCAUCCUGCUCAGAAACGGAGCCACCGUAGACGCCAGAGCAAGAGAGCAACAGACACCCCUUCACAUUGCUUCUCGCCUUGGUAACGUUGACAACGUUACCCUGUUGCUACAGCUUGGUGCUGCUCCAGAUGCUGUUACCAAGGAUCUGUACACACCGCUACACAUCGCUGCUAAGGAAGGUCAUGAAGAGGUUGCCUCAGUGUUGCUGGAGCAUGGAGCUUCCCACGGCCUAACCACAAAGAAGGGAUUCACCCCACUUCACAUUGCUGCAAAGUAUGGCAACAUCAAGGUUGCUAGACUUCUGCUUCAAAAGGAUGCCAACCCAGACUGUCAGGGAAAGAAUGGCCUGACACCUCUUCAUGUUGCCACUCAUUACAACCAUGUCAAUGUGGCGCUCUUACUGCUGGACAACAAAGCUUCACCACACAGCACCGCCAAGAAUGGCUACACCCCACUACACAUUGCUGCAAAGAAAAACCAGAUGGACAUUGCCACCACUCUGCUAGAAUUCGGAGCAAGACCAGACGCGGAAUCUAAGAAUGGUUUCACUCCUCUGCACUUGGCAGCACAGGAAGGUCAUACAGACAUGGUGUCUCUUCUUCUGGAGCACAAAGCAGACGUCAACUCGAAAGCUCAGAAUGGAUUGACCUCCUUGCACCUAGCUGCUCAAGAAGACAAAGUAAAUGUAGCAGAAGUUCUGGUGAAGUAUGGCACAGACAUCGACCCCCAAACCAAGGCAGGCUACACUCCACUCCACACCGCUUGCCAUUUCGGCCAGAUGAACAUGGUUCGAUUCCUACUGGAGCGCGAUGCAUCUGUUAGUGCCACAACUAAGUUGGGAUACACCCCUCUUCACCAAGCUGCUCAACAAGGCCACGUACAAGUCAUUAAUCUACUGCUGAAAAACAAAGCCUCGCCCAACGCCGUCACCAAUAAUGGACAGACUGCCCUUUCAAUUGCCCAGAGACUGGGCUACAUCUCUGUUGUGGACACCCUGACCCCCGUUACUGAGGUGUCUGAGACCAUCCCUUCCACGGAAGACAAGAUCAAACUAAUGUCCCCAGAAAUCAUGCAGGAGAACCCCAUCUCAGACUCUGACGACGAGGGAGGGACUAGCAGUGAGAGAUUGUCUUGGUUGGCUAAACUGAUGACCGUUGGAAAUCAGUCGUGGUCUUCUAUGGCCAGUAGCAGAUGGGAUGAUUUUCUGCCUUCUUCUCCGUUGUUCGGAAAACCCCUCACCGAACAGCAUGUUUACCUGCCCUUUUAUGAGGGCAGCAAAAUGCAGUCUCGGGAGGACAGCAUUUCCCUCGGGGAAAAAGGAGGGAGCAUUUCCCCACUGGAUACCUCGUAUGAAAAGGACGUCUCACUGAGAACUGCCUCCACAGAUGAUGCAAGGCGCCGCAUCACGAGUGAGAUUGGUACCGCAAUGCGGUAUCCGUCUUACUUGGAACGUGGUCCGGAUUACGAGGCAGAGAUGCGCUAUUUUAGUGGAGAUUCUCUGAUGUCUCCCAGGGACAAAAGCAAAGAUAGUGUUUUUGGAGGUGAUUACUCAACGUUAGAUAGACUCGAUACUACGUCUACGAACUCCGAGUCCAAAGUUCGUGUUGUUGACGAGCAUGGUAGUGAGAUCGAUUACGAUGAUGAUUUAGAUGAUAGGAUGAAGAAGAACACGGCAGCCAAUCAAUUUACAGAGGAUUUCUACCUGCGACAAUCCGUAAGAUACGGAGCUAAUACCAGCAAACGGCCCAUCUAUCCCGGCUCUGGGUACAAGUCGCAUCCAGACAGGCCUACUGAAUCUUAUGCCGAGUCUUUUAGUGUCGAUGGUAUAGAUUUGAAUGACGAAUUCAAAUAUAUGCCUGACGAUUCAGUUCCUCAACAGGACUACUGCGAGGCCCAGAUUAUGACCUCUUCCUACGCUGCCUACACCCACGCAGCGCCCCCUGAGUCUCACCUUGGUCCCGGAAUAUCUACAGCUGACAAACCACGGGUGGGCUCGUACAGCGGCUCCUCGUUCAGUGCCAGUUUUGACCCAGACAAUGUCGCUAUUGAUCAGACACCAGCAUACUCUGGACGACUGAAAUGGAAAAGCUUCCUCAUCAGUUUCAUGGUGGACGCCAGGGGUGGGGCCAUGCGGGGCCGCCGCCACUCUGGGAUCAGGAUCAUUAUUCCACCCAACCGGGCCUCCAUGCCCACCCGGGUGACUUGCAGGCUCAUCAAGAAGGACAAGUUGAUUCAUCCCAUUCCCCUCAACGAGGGAGAGGCCCUGGCCGCCAGGAUCAUUGAGAUGGGACCCGUGGCUACCAAGUUCCUGGGACGAAUUGUCAUCGAGAUACCACACUUUGCAUCCCUACGUGGUAAAGAACGUGAAAUAAAGAUUCUGAGAAGCAACAAUGGAGAGAAGUGGGAGGAGCACUCAGUGGUUGCUACUGACGAUGCCGUGCAGAAAGCUCUGCACGAGAGCAUGGAGGAUCUGGAUUAUGAGGAUGAACUAGCUGGCAAAAGAGUAACCCGCAUUCUGACAGAUGACUUCCCACGAUACUUUGCUUUGGUCACCAAGGUGAAGGAGGAGAAACAGUGGGUGGAUGAGAAAGGUUUGAUAAUCAGCUCCACCGUGGUGCCUCAAGUCCAGGCUGUCUUCCCAGAGGGCGCUGUCAACAAGAAAAUCAAAGUCGGCCUGCAGGCACAGCCAAUCUCCCCAGACAUUGUUUCCAAACUUCUUGGAAACCGAGUUGCUGUCAGCCCCAUUGUGACUGUAGAACCAAGACGCCGCAAAUUCCACAAAAACAUCGUACUGACCAUCCCAGUACCCAAGGCUGCUCAGAAAGGCAUGAUUAAUCAGUACGGGAACGAGGCUCCAACGCUGCGUGUUCUGUAUAGCAUUUCUGGCUCCACCAAUGCCCUGCGAGAAGGGACCGAGUCUGCUGUGUGGGAUGACCUGACUGAUCAGACCGAGCUCAAGUUUACAGAGGACUGUGUGUCCUUCACCACCAGGGUGUCUGGAAGAUUCUGGUUGAUGGAUUGUCAGAACGUUGCUGAUGCUUGCCGAUUUGCCACAGAGCUUUACAAGGAUGCUAUUGUAGUUCCCUACAUGGCUCGUUUUGUUGUGUUUGCCAAGCGAACUGGAGAAGAGGAGGGAAAGCUGCGCAUGUUCUGCAUGACAGAUGACCGCAUCGACAAAACCCUCGAGAAGCAGGAACAUUUCGGAGAAGUGGCCAGAAGUCGAGAUGUAGAGGUGCUUGAAGGAAGACCGCAGUAUGUAGAAAUGGCUGGCAAUCUAAUCCCUAUCACAAAAUCUGGAGAUCAGCUCUACAUCAGUUUCAAAGCUUUUCGAGAAAACCGACUCCCUUGUCUGGUCAAGAUUCGAGACCGAGACCAGGAUCCUGCUGCUCGAGUGGCAUUCAUGAAGGAACCCAAGGUCGUUCGUGGCGAACUUCCCCAGACUCCCAUCUGUAACCUCAACAUCGCUCUACCAGAUAUGUCAACUUCAUCUUCCAUGGAAAUGGACCCAGAGGCAGCACUAGAACUCAAAAAACGAUCUUCCUUACUUAGAGAACAUGGAAUUGUUUUAGAAGAUACCAUUAGCAAUGCCAAGAUCAAUCUUUCGGAUGUUGCGGAUACCCUAAAAGGAGACUGGGUCAUUCUUGCCACACAAUUGGACAUCUCUGGAGACGAGAUCCACAAGAUCAAUAGUGACUAUAGGACGGUCAAUGAUCAAGCCUUAGCCAUGCUGUCCUUGUGGAAAGAGAAGAAAGGAGACCAAGCUACAGGCAAUGAAUUAGAAAGGGCACUUAGGAGCAUAAAACGAGAAGAUGUAGUACAGAAAUGUAUGUACAAUGUAGAAACCAUCCAAGAUGAAGUAGAACUAGCAGCAGCCAAAGUGGCCAUGGAUCAGUCAGGAUUUGACACAUUUGCAGAGGAAAUUGGAGUUCCCCAAGACUCCAUGAAGCGUAACAUGUCACUUGAUGUACAGUUUGAUGAAAAAGAUAUACAAAAGGAUUCCGAAUCUGCUGCAGAAUCACCUGCUAGUGAGGGACCUGCUCCACAGGCUUAUGAAGAAGAUUCUGCUCGGUCUCACUUUAAAGACGACGUUCUGGUCGCCGAGAUCAGUGAGCGUCGGGCUCUGGCUAAGGACCCAGAAAAGCUAGAGAAAACCAGGGAUGACUUCUUCGAUUUAAUUGACAAAUUGGAUAAAUACAAUGAGUUUAAGGAAAGACAAGAGCAGACCGAGCACAGUGCAGAUAUGGAGGAAUCACAAACAAUCACUGAGGAAGAGUUAACCUCCACCAAACAGGACCGACCCAAAUCUGAUGAGAUUAUUGCCAAGGUGGAGGAGCUUGGCCAGCAGAUGGCCCCCGUCCCUGCACAAGAGCCCACAGAAGAUGAGGAGGGCACUAAAACACCACCCCCCAGCCCUGUAGAGGGAGAAUUUGUAUCAGAACAAGGAAAACUGGUUCAUGAAAUCGAGGAUGCUGUUGAACAUUCUCUUCAAGAAGAAAAUGAGGAAGAAGAGGAGGAGGAAGUGGAAAAAGAGGAGACAAUUAUCGAGGAGACCUUUCAGGAGUCAGAUGAUGGUAUCGUAUGGAGGACCAUUCGUAAAACUACCAUCAUUACUCCUGAAGGUCAAACCGAAAAAUUUGAAGUUUUAGGAGAGGAAAUUAAAGCUCAACAAGCAGCAGUUGACGAGCUGGCAGCUAGACUUUCGAGCGCUGAAGAUUUCGCAGAACACCCAGGGGAAACGGAGACGGUCAGGGAAGUUGUUGCUUCACAGGAAGUGCAGACAACUGAGUCUGCUGCUAGACAAACAACAGUGCAAGUUGGAGAAUCUGAUGUUGACACUGGUUUCCCAUUUAUAUCUGACCAAAAGGAGCCAGAUAUGGAGAAGCUUGUUGAAAGUUUGAAAACUGACCUGUAUGAAAAAGAAAGGACAGAAAAAAGUGGUAAUGAGUCUGACGUUUCAUCGUCAGCAACAUCAGACACUGAAGGAGAAUUCAAUAUUGAUCCUCUACCAUCAACAGCUCCAUCAUCAGAGAGUAAUAAGCCUGUUGUUGGUAGACAAAUUUCGGGCGAGAGGAAAAGGAAGAGGACAGAUUCCUUGUCUUCCUCUUCCCUCUCUGAUGUGGAGGAUAAUGUGGAUGGAAGUAUGGAAGAGAAAGAACCUGUUGUCCAUAAAUCAUCUUUACAUGAUGCCAGUGGCCAUGAACCUAAGACUAGUCAUGUGCAUUUCAAAGAAGAUCUCUCAAGUUCCUCGUCAUCUUCGUCAACAGAAGAUGAAACCAAACAGAUGCCUUCCAUAAAAACUGAAUCUGAAUCAAAUAAUGUUCAAUCCCCUGCUCCCAGUACACCAAAAAUUGACAGGAUGGAAGAAUUUCAGUUCAUAGAAAAGCCCACUACUGAGCUGAAAGGAGAAAAAGGUGCACCACAAGAUGACGAGGAUAGUAGCUAUGUGCCUGUUAAAGUAUACAAACCUGUGUUGACUGCACAGGAGACAAUUGAAGAAGGACUUAAAAUGCUGCCUGAUGUCAAGGAUGGUGGGAAGGAAAUCCAGCCAAUGGCAGACUCUGAAGUAGAGGAACAAAUUGUUCAGGCCCCAGCCCCUCCCAAAGAGCAGGAUUCAUCCUCGUCUAGUAGUAGUGAUGAAGAUGACGAAAAGAAACGUCAAGAGAGUUUCAGAGAAGGUUCAAUUGAACGAACUGAGCGUUAUGAAGAAGUUCCACCAAAGGAGCAGACGCAAAUCCGACCACACGCUGAAGGAAGCAAAGAUGACCCGCAAGUCCAACCACAUGCUGAAGGAAGCAAAGAUGACCCACAAGUCCAACCACAUGCUGAAGGAAGCAAAGAUGACCCACAAGUCCAACCACAUUCUGAAGGAAGCAAAGAUGACCCACAAGUCCAACCACAUGCUGAAGGAAGCAAAGAUGACCCACAAGGAGAAUUAUCCGCCUCUCCUGAAGUUACUGAUUCAGUGGAUGCUGUUCCGUUCACUAAAACUGUAAAACGUUUGCAACGAAUGUCAUCACAGCAACAACAAGAAGUCAUUGAGAGUGAACUUUUAGAAGAAGAAGAGUCUACCACUGAACAAGUCUUACCAGAUGGGUCAAAGGUUAAACGUAAGCGAUUUAAGUCUGGAGACUCUGGUAAAGGCGAAAAUGGAGAACAAGAAUGCAUGGAACUAGUAGAAGAAGAGGGUCCAGAAAAGGAGGACGUGAAAUUCGAGGAAGACGAAGAGGUGCUAGAUGAUGGGACUGUUCAUAGAAUAAGUCGUACUCGUCGCCAGUCAAUAAAGCAUUUAAAGAGAACUUUGAUUUCGGAAAGUGGUGAAGAAGAGAAUAUUUUCGAAGGUGAAAUAGCAGUGCCCGGAAAAGCAAAAGAGGAUGUAAUUGAAGUUUUCGAAGAGCCUGCAAAGCCAGUUACUCAGGUUGAGGAGAUAGAAGUGAAGAGAGAUGAUGGCGUUGUGGUGAAGAGGAGGAUGGUUAUGAGCAGGAUGGUCAGCAACGUGAAAACUUUCCAUCAAUCUUUCGAUGAUUCUGGAAACUUGCAGGAAGAUGAAUAUGCAAUUGAAGCCAUCAUUCCUGGUACAGAAUCCGCUUUCGUGGAAGGUGAUUCCUCCUCGAGCUCCAGUGAAUCGAGCGAAGAUGACGAUGAUGAAAAUGAUGAAGAAAUUAAUGUGGAUGACUUGGAUAGAGUGGAGGAAGAUUGCCAGAGUGGCACUACAGUCACUACUAGACAAGUUAUCAAACAGACGUUUACGUCAGGCAGCUACACAACAGACGGUGAGCCUAGGGAGUUAGAGGACACAGGACUCGUAAAACGAGUCGUGAAAAAAGUAACUUACGACCCCGGACAACCUGAUGUGAUCAGUGAUUCCACUGAAUACGAUGAUGAAGUUGGUUUGGAGGUUAAUACACCAGUAAUAACAAUUACCGAAGACAAUUCUAAACCCGCCAGUGAGGGCGACGACCAUUUGGCUUACUUUGGAUAUAAAUCCUCUCCAGAUGACACUGAACUGUGGAUUGAUGAGAAUGACUUUGAAGAAUCAGAAAAUUUCGUGGAAGUAGAACAAGAAAACAAAAAGAGUGUAGCUGAGAUUGUAAACAUGUUUGAGAAAGAUUCUCAAAUACAGUCUUCUCACUCUGAUGUAGUGGACAAAUCUAGCGCCAGUGUGUCAACAGACACGGAAAAAUGCAUUUCAACUGCAAGUACAGACGAGCAGUCGGCUGCGUACUUUGCAGAGAAGGAAGUUAUUAUAGUUGAAAAAAUUGAUUCUGAGGAUUCAAAACAAGAGAAAAAUGUGGAUGAACUUGUGCACGAUGAUGCAAAACCAGUCAGAGUACACCGUAUGGUUGAAAUUUUCGAAAAAAUCAAUAGCCAAUCUUCCGUUGAUGAACCUGCCACAGAGAGAAAAGUGCAUCAUGCAGAUAGUGUGGAAAAAUCCGUAAUAGAAACAACUAAAGACCAUGACAUUGAUCAAAAUCAGGUUCAAGGAGCACAACUCACGAGAGAUUCCACUGAACAGGCAUAUGAUAAUGUCACUGACCAAGAGGAGACAAUAUAUUCAAAGGAUGAAAAAUUCCCUCCAGAUAUUUCCAGCUCUGUAGAUUCUACAAAGGAAAUUGAAAAACCAGACGAGCUGAAUUAUAAGGAAUUGUCUAAGGAAUACGAAAUAAUAGAAGAUACAACUUCACCUCUUGUAAUAGAAACAGUUAGUCCUGUUGCCAGAAUAGUUGAAGACAUUGAAUCAAAUGUUUCACAGUUACAAAAUGCAACAUUGAUGGAACAAGUAGUUCUGACAGAGAAAGUCAGUGAAUUCGUUGUGAAUGAACUGGAACCACAAUUUUCGACUACAACUGAUGAUAUUGAUGAUGAAAAUGUGUUAAGAGUUAGCCAAGAAAGCCAAUAUGUUGAUGAAAUACAACCUCCACAUGAAGAUGUGUUAACAGUUGGAAUGCAUCCAGAGGUGUCUUCUGAAAGAGCUGAUGAAACAGAACCCACCGACUUUCAGAUAAAAAGUGUGGAAAGGGUAGAAAAUUUUAUAUCGGAAAAAGACAUUACUCCCAUUUGUGAACAGUCAAAUUUCUUGCAGGGUACAGACAGUCAGGAAUCGGUGUUACAAGCAGAGGAAACUACUGAGCCAAAUUAUUUGGAGUCCUCUUCAUUGCAAUUUGUUGAACAGUAUGCAGAUGAACAGUACAUAGAUGACAAAGAAAAUGAGCUGAAAUUAUUGAAUACAGAUAAACAAGAAACAGUCUCUGAUAUAUCUCUUGAACAACCUACUUUACUUGAUGAAAAGCAGCUGGAUACAAAAGUUGUUGAACCAAGUGCUUCAGAUGAAGAACAAACUCCCUUUACUGACCAGGAGUUUUCAACAAAUGAAGUAAAAGAAGAGAAUGAAGAAGCUGAUCCUCUGACAAUUUCAAAAGAAAUGGAUGAAACACUUCUUGCCAGUCCCAUACAAAGCAAUCAGAGUGUCGAAGUCAACAUUGCAGAUGAAUAUCAAGUUAUUGACUCACAAGAAGAACUUUCAAAAGAAAUGAGAGAGGAAGAUGAGCCUAAUGCUACUUCUAUUGAAAUUUCAACAAAAACCUUGGUCGAAUCUCAAGAUGAAUAUGAACUAGUAGCUAGUACCCAGGAAACUGCAGAAAAAUGUGUUAUUGAAAAAUCGCCCUCCGAGGAUGAGGACGAGGACUGGGAACUUCUGGAUAAAGAUGAAAUUGAGGACACUAUAGACAUCCCAGAUAAUGCAUAUGAAUAUUCUGGGGCUAAGCCUGUGCAACAUGGUUUUGGAUCUGAAGAACAAAAAGUGUUACCAUGUGUUCCAAUUUUUGAUGGCGAACCGGAGUCUGAUGAGGAUGUGUCUGAUGAUACAACUGAAAUUGCUGAUCGAUCAGAGACAUGCGACAUAGAAAGUCCUAUAGAAUUCAAACAACCCCCCGAGAAAUUGGAAGAAAGCAAUGAGACAAAAACUGUACAAUUCGACAAUAAAGUACUCGAAGUCAAGUCAACAUCAACUGGUAUUGAAUCGUCAGUAGAAACCAGAGACAUUGUUAAAGAGAGUAUUGCUUCUCUUGAGGAAGAAGAUAUCGAAAGUAUUUCAUCCACGGAAGAGUAUAAGAUCAGAAAAUAUGAAUAUGAUCAAGAAAUCAAAGAAAAGGAUACCAUUUCAAAGCAAUUUUUGGACUAUUCAACAGAACAAAAUAAAACCAGUCUACCUAUGGACAGUGAUUUAGUGCGAUCACUAGAUACUAUUGACACGGAUACUGAAGAGGAACUGAAAACAUCUGUUCACGAGAAACAUGAAUAUGAACAACUUUCUUCUCAAAAACUGUCAGAUGAGCGACCUUACGAGUCCGAUGAAGCAAGAACAGAGUACCAGUUUUACAAGACAGAAAUAAUUGAACAGGAACAAGAAUUGACCACGCCAACGCAAGAAUUUGUUGUUGACUACGAUGUUUCAACAAAUGAAUGCAAUAAGGUCGAAUUGCAGAAAACAGAGGAAGAUGACCAAGAUUUGGUUGAGAUAUCAAAGAAAAUAACUCAAGAGUCAAUGCCAUCAGACAGGGAAGAUGAAAAUUUACAAAGAAAAGAAGAAAUUGUAAAGGAGAAAGAUUUCACAUUUAUAGAUGAGACCUUAUCAAAACCACAUGAUGAGGAAUGUGAAAUGAUGAAUGAACAGGAUGCAGAAUUCCCUUCUAAAUAUGUUCAAAGUCAUCCUGCCGAGCAAAUUCAGAAGGAGUCCAUGCAAGUUGUUGAGGACGAACAAGAAACAGGAAAAACAAAUUUACCAACAGAAGAUACAAGUACUCAGGAUCUUGAAAAGGACAUUCAUGAAGCACAAAUGCAAGUUUCUAAAGAGUAUUACACAGAAACAAGUACCCUACCUGAAACAGAUCAAGAAAGUCACAAAGAUAUUUCAGAAAGUGAAUUGGAAAAAUCUGAUUCAAUUGAAGAGGAGGAGCUAGUCACACCUGUAAAAGUAGAGAGGUCACUUGAAUGUAAUAAGAUAUUUGGAGAUACUCUUAUUGAAAAGGAACAGGUUAUCCAAGUUGAUGCUGAAAUUGAAGAAUCAGAUCUACCGAGUCAAACGCAGUACAUUUACCCCGUAAUACAAGAUGAACAAAUGAAAGAAGAAAUAAUCGAGGACAAUAUAAAAGCGGAAACUAUAACAAAAACUAAUUUUGAAAUUCAUGAAGUCGAUGGUAAAAUACAUUUUAAGAAAGAAGGGUCAGCAAAAGACUCAGCAGUGGAAGGAGAUACUGCUUCAGAACAAAGAAAAUCGCUGUUUGUAGCAGAAAAAGAGCUAUCUGUCACCUCGCUCUCCGACGAAGAGUUGGUAGAAAGACCAAAAAGGAUAUCGAUUUCUCAAGACAUACGAAGUGAGGAGGUAUGUACAGAAAAAAUAACCGACGACAAUGUAGACUCCAAUGUGUUUUACCAAACUGAUGAUCAAAACAAAGAGCCAGAUGAAACAGAAAUCUUUCAAGGACAUGUAUAUUUAGCAAAAGAUUCUACUGAUUAUAGGCAAGUGAGUACAGAAACAGUGGAAGAUGAGGAUGAAGAGGUGAGUGUGAGGGAGGAACCAACAGUGACGUUUAAAGGAAGAAUUGAGCAUGACAUUAUUUCAACAGCAGAUGCAGAAAUGGAGGGAAGACCAGUGGAUUUUAUUGCUCAUUCAGCCUCGGAUGAUUUUACAGAAGAACUACAAUACAAUGAAAAUGAUUUUCUGGAUAGUACAUUGGUAAAAGACCAAGGCUUGGAUGAAAGUGACUUUGCAGCAGAACAGCAACUUGAAGAUCUUAAAACAGAAUUUUCAGAUGAAACUGACAAUGUUUCAGAUAGAAAUGAUGCAGGAGAAAUAAAAGAAAAGUUGCAUAGUGAUGACUGUCUUGAGCGUAGUCAUUUGGCAGGGACACCUGCUGAGCUACAAGAGCUACAGCUUCAGCGAUUUGAACAAGAUGAAUUGGAGGCUCCUGAUGAUGACAAGGAUGCCAAGAGUACAGAAACUGAUAUACUGGGAGUAGACAAUGAGAAAUCACUUGAUCCAGCCUGUGUCAUGGAUGAUGCUUACAUGGAAGCCACAAAUAUUGUUGGUAGGAAUGAUAAAAUUGAAGGCGAAUUCUUGGAAUCCUGUAAAGAGGAGACUGAAGAAAAAAAUACUGAGAGUAUAAAUGCAGUCCAGGAGGGUGAUUUUACCACAGAAAUUUGUGAUGAAGGGGAUGACGUUGACAUGGCAGUUUCCAAAUCCUAUACAAUUUCUGAAGAAGCAGUUGAGUUAGCCGAACACUUGGUUGAUAAAGACACAGUUGAGACUAUUGCAAUUGAUGGUGUUGAGAAUUUGGGCUUUGAGGAUUAUCCUGAUGAGGAGGAACACCUUCCAUACCAAACUGCUGAAACUAGACAUUUUGAAAUUCAAGAAGAUAAAACCGAGCCUUCACUCAGUAUUUCCCAGGAUACCUCAGAUCAUAAAACUGAGUCUGCACUCAGUAUUUCCCAGGAUAUCUCAGAUCAUAAAACUGAGUCUGCACUCAGUAUUUCCCAGGAUAUCUCAGAUCAUAAAACUGAGUCUGCACUCAGUAUUUCCCAGGAUAUCUCAGAUCAUACAAGUGCUAUGAUGGCAGAUUCUGAGGAAUAUUCAGACCAAAUUGACAGCUCAGAGCAAACACAGAGCGUCACAACAUCAUUGGAUAAAUCUGCAGACCUGUUGGAGUUUGAACAAAUUGAACGGACCAUAGGUAAACUUGAAACAGUAUAUGACACAUUUAGUGAGUCACAGAUUCUGGAUCAGCUGGAAAAAGAGAUUGACCGAACAGAGUACAAACUGGAGGUUGUUGACAUCAAUCGAUCUACUGAAACGCUGAAGUCGGAAACACAAUUUACUGCAGAUGAAAACAAGGAAACAGAAAUGAAAGAAUCUGGUUUUGAAGAUGAUGCCGUCAUUGGAGAAUUAGAUGAAACAUAUAUUGAUCGAACUGAAAGAUUUAUUACUGUUAUUGAUGAGUCAAAAGAAAUUAAAGUGCAACAAGAUGAUAGGUAUGGCCUUUUGCCCCGAGAAUCGUCAUUCCAAGAUUCUCCAAGUAAUUUCCAACAGGACAAUGGGUCUUCUAGGAAAUAUAAAGAAUCGUCGGACCAACCAGACUCUCAAAAUGAACAAAACAUGCAAAGUGACCAACUUCAGUUAGAUGAAGUUACUGAAUACACUGCUAUUCACACAAAAGAUACUACACAGGAAGAAACUGUGCCAUUCGUAUUGAAUGAUGUACAAGACCUCAAACAGAACAAAGUUGAUGCAGGAACACCCAGUGGAACAGAUGAAAGACCUUUAUCUCCAAGUUCGUACACCCUGGAAACCGACACAGAUAUGGAAGGAUCAAGAACGUUCGAGUUUGAAGAGCUUGAAGAUGCUGUUAGUGAUAUCCAAAGAGAUAACGAACAAACAGAAAAAUUUGAUGAUGCAUCCAAUGUGAAAGUCAAAGAUGAUCUCAGUGAGAAAAUUAGUGGUGUCCACUCCUUGUCAACGAGCCCAAAAGAUGCCCAGUGCCCACCUUCUCCUUCAGAAUUUACACUGGUGAUGUCACAUGAUCAGGAUAUGCUUUCAAAAGCUCUAGGUUUACAAGAGGACCUCGUUGAGACAACACAAGACAUGUCAGAGGACCAAUUACCAUCGCAUACAAGCCUCACAAAUACGAAAGAUACCGAAUUACAAAGUACCUUUCAUAAGUCAAUCAGUCUAGAUGAUACAGAAUCCUUGGAAGAAAAUAGCCAAGAGACUGUGAUAUCUCAAAAAGAUAGCAUGCAUCUAGAUGAUAUUUUCUCAAAAACCACUAAUCUGGAUAGACUAGAAGAAUGUAUUGAUGAUGAAUUAACCAAUGAGGAAGCCCUUGAUGAGAAAAGUAUGGAAACCAGUCAAGAGUUCAUCAUGUCUCAUGACCCAGAAAGUUUAUCAAAAUUGCUAGGUAUUGAAAAUACUGCCAAACUAUCAUCGGAAAACGAAUCUGAGGGUGAAGCCCAAGACGAUACAGAUGCUAAAGAAACUUGUCUGCAUGAGAAAUCACAAGUCACGCAUGAUUCAGAUGAGAGUAGCUAUAUACCGGAAGAGGACAACACCAUUGCAGAAAAUGAAAAAUUGCCCGACAGUUUACCACCAAGGGAAGCCAAUGUUAUGGGAGGAGAAAAUAUUCCCACAGUAACACCUGGUUUACAGCUCCAAAUUGACAAAUUGUCAUCAGAAUCGAGGAAUGUUUUUUCAAGCUAUGAAAAUGUCUAUGAAGGUGUUCCACUGGAUCCAAAGAUUAAUAGGUUGUCUUUGGAUGCGAGUGAAAUGGAAAUUGGAGACAGAUUUGACACCAAGCAAAUGGAUGUUCACCUACAGUCGGAUAAUCGUGCAUCUAGUUAUGAACAGGUGUAUGCUGAAGAGCCUCGCGAUCAGUCUCUUCACUUAGACCUAGCUGCUAUUGAGGAGGAUAAAAAUGAUGAUAAAAUAAGUACCUCCAGCUCAGAGGUAGCACAGCAUGAUGAUGAUGCAUCUGAUGAAGAUGCUGAAGCCUGCGAAGCAACUGAAAACAAUAUGAAUGAAACUGACGUGGAGGAACAAUUUUCUCCCGUUGUUGCUAAACCAUUUCCAAAACCUGUUGUAGAUUUACAUUUUGAAACUGAAAAUCCUAUUCUGUCUGUUACGGACUCACCCACCGAAGCCCACUCACCAUGUUACUCAAUAGAGUCUCCUGAUUUACAAGACAAAUCUACAUUAUCAAAACCAGAAUCAUUUACAGUAGGUACAUCUCCAUCAGAAUAUCAUGAACACUCUAUUCCCCCUAAAGAAUAUGAACAAGAAUUGUUGAAGGACAGCACAGACUCAAAGUCAACAGAAGAAAUAGAUGAACAAUGUCUUAUGUGCAGCUAUGAGGUCAGCAACAUAGAGGAGGAGGUAGUUUUAGACCAGUCAUCAGAAAUUCACUCUGAAACCCCAGCAAACCUCCAAAAUGAGUACCCAGAUUUUAAAAGUGAUUCAGAAAAUUUUGUUAUAGACACUUCGAAGAUGAAGCUAAUGGAAACGAGAAAUUGUAUACAAUCAGUUGAUGAAAUAUCUCCUGAAGAUCUUGAAGAAAAAGAUUUUCAAUUUGAGCUUCCUGAAAAAAAUCGAGGCUCAGAAGAUGAAGAAGGGGACUCAGAAAGAAGUUCUGAGACUAGUGAACUGACAGUGUUUGAUGAAAACUCGGGAACCUAUAUAAGAAUACCAUGGGAAAGUGCAUAUCAAUUUAGACGUCAGUUUUCAGAAACAUAUGAACAGAAUGAAACAGAAAAGAAAUUUGUGAGGACUAUGAAAAGCAUAGACCUGGGUUCAUUCUAUAGAAGGGAUAAAAUGGAGGAUGAAGAGGUAGUUGUGCGAAAAAGUAGUUUAUGUAGUACAAAGCAUAGUGCAUUCGGAAAGGAGUAUAAAAAAGAAGUUCGUUUUGCAGAGCAAAUAGUUGAUAUUACAGAAAAUGUAGACUUGGAUAGUUCCCAAAGCGAUGAAAGUGAAGAACAAGAUGAAAGAUUACCUCAUGAACCUCAUGAACAGAUUGACAAAAUCCAUGAAAUGACAGUGAUUGCAUCAAUAAUGGAAAAGAGACAGUAUUACGAAGAAGAAUGGAGUGAUGAAGUCCAAUAUCAAGAUUCAUGUACCUCCACAAGGGAUGAUCAAAUAGAAGCUACUGGUGGUGCCUCUGAUGAAGGGGGUCAGCAGGAUUUACCUGGUCUUACAGGUGAUGAACUAUUUGCUAGGGAUGAUGUAUCUACUGAAACAACAGUAACACCCACAGUGGAAACCACUUCAUUUGCUGGAAUAAUUGUGACUGAAGCUGAACCUGUAGAGGAAAAAGAAGUGAAUGAAAUUUCGUCUAUUAGCAAAGAAAUUUCUUUAACAUCAGUAGGAAAAUUUCCUAUGGCAUUACCCAUGAUUGGGAAAUCCAUAGCUGACAAUGAAAUAUAUGAAUCUUCUGAAACUGGCGGUGAUACAACAGAGGAAAAAUUAUCACCGAUAGACGAAACACCCCAGGAUGAUUUUCUAGAUGAAGAACAAGAAGUAUUAAAACCUGCAGUGGUUGAAAAGCAUGUGAAAUUUCAAACCGAUAUAGGUCAUCUACGCUCGGGGUCAAGUGAAGACUUGGUAAAGACAUCAACGUCGUCAUCAGAAAUGGAACCUACUAUUUUAGCUGCAUCGUAUGACCUAGAUUCGGGACGAGUGUCAAAGGUUGUAGCAACAUAUGAUGUCUCCCCAGACACCGUCGAAAAACAGUUUGUAGCACCUCCAUCAGCUAAAGCAAUCCUUUCCAGUCCAGAGGAUGAUGUAUUUGAAAUAGAAAACAAAAGAAUAUUUGAGUCCAGUCGCUCUCGAUCAGAGAGUGAAGAAAGUACACCAAGUAUAAAAGAUAAAUCAGUGACUGUAAUAGAGAAGAGCGACAUCCAAGAAUUGAAUGAAAAGGAACUUGAAGUUGGUUCAAAAUCAGAGGGUGCAUGUGGUGGAAGAGACAGUGCGACAUCAUCUCCUUUUGAAAUUAUGUCACCUAGUGAAUUAGAUGGAUAUGAUCAGUAUAUGGAGCGCUUUGAUGAAACCAAAGAUAGAACAGAAUCCUAUGAGGAAGAAGAAAAUAAGGAGGGUAAAAUGUUUCCACUCUCAACAGAAAACAGAGAGUCAAUGACUUUGCAAAUUAUUCCCAAAAGUGAUUCUUCAUUUGACCAUUCUUCACUAUUAAGUAGUGAAACAAGUGAAAAAGACGAUUCCCCAUUUGACAUGUUAAGCUUUUCUGCACAACAGGACUUUGAACCUCUUCCUGACUUAGUUGAAAAUACAGUUGAGUCGAACAAACAGAUACCUUCAACGUUAGAAACACGGCUACCCAAUGGUCCAACAGAGGUUGAAUUUGACCCAGAAAUAGAUGUAAAUUGUGAACAAACAUGUUCCCUGACAAUUUCUCAACCUGAUUUGGUUCAAUCUUUGUCACAUGAUAAAGAUUUAACACUGGAAAACAGUGAGGUAAUGAUGGACAAGGCAGAAAAUGUCACAGAUGGGCCAGCUGAAAAUGUAAUGAUUGAAUCGCAAACAGUACAAACUCUUAGUCUGAUGGAGGAAUUGAACAUAACGAGUCAAGAACAUUUCAUUUCUUCAGACCAAACUUUGUAUGGACUAGAGAUGCCAUCGGAAGAAAAUACUGUUUUGACAUCCUUGACACAGACUCAACGCCAUGAAGUAGACACAGAGUCAGAUUCUGUAAAUGUCACGGAGGCAUUGGUAUCUCAGAUGGAGGAGGAUUCUUCUGACCAAAGCAUUAGCAAAGAAAUUGACCAUUGUGUUGAGUUAAGCACGGAAAAAAUACAAAUGGAGGAACAAGGUUCUGAAUCUGGAAAGCAGGAGUCAAUAGAAAAGAGUCAAAGUAAGGAGAAUGCCGAGAUUUAUCACGGCAAACGCGCGUUAGAUAUUGAUGAUUCAGCAGAACUUGAUGUCAGAAUGGAAUCUGGAUGUGCAGGUGUCAUUGAUGAAACAUUUGAAGACGAAUUUGACAAUGUUGAAGAGGAAUCUUUUGACACAAAUUUAAAUGAAGAAUGUGAUGAGAGAGGUAUCUUGUUUCAAAAUGAACAAACGGAGCCAUUUGAGCUUGAUGUGGAUCCAUAUGAUUUAGAAAGACCAUCUACACCCACCCCAGUUGACAUAAAUCAGCAUUUCUUUGAUGACGAAGCAGAGGCUAUAGUUAAAAACGAGGAAAUUGAAGUUCAAGCCAGCGAAUUUGUUGAAACAGUAUUGACAGAGGCCUAUGCUAGAAUUAAUCAAGAUACAACAUGUGAGAGGAAUUACGAAAGUAGAGCUGCUGAUUCAGAAGACAAACAGGAGAACCUGCCUAGCCCUGUUGAUGUAGAUGUAGAAAGAAAUAUUUUUCUGGACGAGGAAAAUGAAAGCACUGAAACAAAGAUGGAUAAUGAUGAAGAAGUCGCCCAAGACAAAUUCUUAGAAAGACAAGUUGAAAAGACGUCACAACAAAAACAUUCUAUUAUUAUGAAACAAAUUUCUGAAGAUAUACCAGGAAUCACAUUGACUACGCAUUAUCAUGAUGAUGGUGGUGAAUCAAUGCAAAAUUCACAGGCUACUGAGACUGAGAAGAUAUUACAGAGCGGGGAGGUGAAUCUUAAUGAUACUGAUGAACCAAUAGAGGCAGAGGUGCAACAAACAUUUGUUUUCUCAAGUGAGUGUAUUCCUGAAGAGCCAGAAGAUACAGUUGAUGGUAACAUUUCAAACGCUUCAGUACAUUCUUAUCAGGCAUACCAUGACAGUUUUGAAAAAAGUUGCAUUCCUGAAGAAAAUGACAGUGAGGAAGAAAAAGAGGAAGUUCAUAUAACAUCCUCAACAAGACCCCUGACUGUUGUUUUUCCCCAAGAUAAAGUGGACCAUGGGGAAAUUCAUUUCAUUUCGAAAACAGAUCCAGUCACCGACUCGGAGGCCAUUGUAGAUCUUCAGUCAACAACAAAUGAAUACUUGAAGUUUGAAGCAGAUGUAGCAGAAACUGGAUAUGUUGGUAAAUACGAUAGCGAUGAUUCGUUAGAGGAAAACUAUAAUGAAGAAGCACAACUUUCAGGUAAUACGUGUGAAAGAACAAAACUACGACAAGAUUCUGAAAACCUGGAGAUUUCACAGUGCACUUUAAAGGAGGAUACAAGACAGACAGAUAUUAAAUUAGAUGAAAAGAAAUGUACCAAGGAUAUUCUUCAAGAGCCUUUUGAACACGAAUUAUCUCAAGAUGACAUUGGGGACACUUCUAGUGUUGAAAGUUUUACAACAGUUGUUCCUGUUGAUCAGGAAGACGAUGAUGAUGGAAAUUAUAACCGGUUGGAUGAUUUUGCAUCAAUGUCAUCUUCCUACCAUUCCGAUGUCCUAGGCUUAGAUGAGGAUGAUAAAAUAGAAGAUUUUCCCAUUAUAGAUUGGACACAAAAAGACGUUAUAGAGUUUGAAGAGAUAAAUAGGAAGCAGAGUGAAGAAGAAGAAAAACGCAGAGAAUUGAAAAGAAACCAAGAAGAAGAAUUAUUGCAGAGAUUCGAAGAACUGAAAGCAUUGCGAGAUGAAAAAGAUAGGCCUCUUAUCGAUUGGGAGGAGGGAAGUGAAUCAUCCGUUGACAGUGAUAGAUAUGAGUAUAUGGACAAGACUGCUCUUUCAGUGAUAACUGAAAAUUCAGAUGAAGAUAAGUUUGAAUUCUUGGACAAUGAAGAUGUGAAAUCAGAAAAGUCUGACCGUAUAUUUGGAUCUCCUGAAGACUUUCCUCCACCCAGUCCUGGUGUCAAUAAAUUCUUCAAUAAAAGUUCAGAUAGAGAUGACAUUUCUAUAACAUCCUCGUUACUGGAAUUCGAAAGAUUAGAACAUGAGAUUCUGGCAUCUGGUUCAAGGGGUUCUAUUGAAAAUGAAAAGGACAAUAUUUCAGUUACUUCAUCAUUGGCAGAAUUUGAACGCUUCGAGAGAGAACUUGGCCAGUCAAGUUCAACCAGUUCCGUCGAGAAAAUGACAUCGGACAGUAACAGCAAAGAAAGUGAUAAAGAGGGAUCGCGGACUUCUCUAAAUGAUGUGGAUAAACUAGACAAAGAUAUGGAAAGAAAAGACUCUGUUGACAGUAUUACACGACGAAGUGAGACAUCAUCACUUGCUUCACUCAACGAAUUUGAGCGAUUAGAACAGGAAAUGGCAUUAGCGGAUGAACUGGAGGCUGAAGCACAGAAGAUCGUGUCAAUACUGGAAUCAGGAACAUUAAUUUCCGAAGACAUUCGAUCUGAGAAGUCCUCUUCACUAAUGACAUAUAGUGCGAAAUCAGCAAAGAAAAGGAGCGAAUUUCAAGCAGAAGACAAUGAGGACUUGGAAGAUUCUCUCAGUGAAGAAAAAACUUCCAAAAAGGAAGUAGAUCAAGCAGAGGUAGACUCAUUAGAUGGCGACGUAUCGGAAUUGACGUCUUUGACAUCGAGUGUCAUUCUGAAUCAAAAGGCCAUAAAAGAAUGCGAUGAAGACUCUUUACGUGAUGAUGAAGAAUCAAUGAAAAUAUCGUCGGAUUCUUUGGGCGAGCAGUUGGGAUUAAAAUCCUCUAGUGAUAAAGACAAAUUUGACAGUGAUUCUCUUGCUGGACAAGAAGGCAUAAUGGAAAAAUCCACUGAUUCACUAGAAGCAGACAAAAAGUAUUCAACAAUUGAUAGGGUGGAAACCGAUUCUCUUUGUGACGAGGAUGACAGACAAAAACCAGCAGACGUCAUGCAAACAUCAGUAGACUCUCUUGAAUCGUCGAAAUCACGAUCGCGAGAAAACUUAAUGGAGUCUUCAAUGUACAGUGUGGAUAGUUCUAUAUUUUCAAGGUCAUCUGUUGAAACCAUGAAAUCUGCAGGAUCUCAGCGAAGUGAUUCAAGUACAGAAAUAAUGCAGGUAUCUGCAGAAUCCUACGAGGAGAGGAAGCGACGAGAGAAAAAGUGGCUCAUCGAUAACUACCACAGCUAUCGAGAAAGCGGGCAUGGUGUUGAACCUUUAAUUGAUCAAGAGGGAAAUGUGUUGAAGAGUUUCCGAAUUGAUGAUAAUUAUGAGUAUGGAUGGGAUGAAUCGGACGAGGACGACGACAAUAAAAGCACUCAGAUCAAACCAUUCUCCUGGGGACCCUAUGAGGAAAAGAAAAAAAUUUACACUAUGGCAGAGUGGGAAGCGAUGAAAGAGGAAAAGCGAAGGGCGUCUUUGGUAACGGAGAAGUCGGUAACCCAUAGCGAACAAAUGGAAACUGCCACCUCAACUGUCGAGUCACAAAUUAGUACAUUAGUAAAAAAUACAACCAUUACAACAAAAUCAAUAUCUUCAUCUGAAACCCAAGUUUACUCAAGUUCUGAAAAAAUACGUUCCUCCACGUCAGUUAAAGCUACUCCAAAGUUUGGAAGUCAUCUGUCAGACACAGCGCCACAGAGAAUAGCGUCGAUAGACGAUGAUGAUUUUGUUGAGUAUGACGUCACGGAACACAGUGCUUUGAUGCAUGGUAUCCCCGAACAUCUUGCUCAAAAGUCAGGACCGAUAUACAUAGACCCUGAAACGAUAGAUUCAGAAGAGGAUGAGAUAAUCGACUAUCCUGUUAAAAAAGAAGAAUCUACAGAUGGGGCUGAAGGAGAAGAAACAGAAACUCAUAGACUAACCAUGAAGAAAGAGAUCCAUUCUAGAACCAUACUAAAAGACGGCAAGGAGCAGACGUUCGUGCACGAGGAGGCACAGAUUGAGCAGGAGGAGGACCCGCCUGAGGAACUGAAGGAAAGCAUGCAGCAGAUAAUCGACCAAUUCAUGGAAUCUCCCGCGCAGCCAGACCAGUAUAAGGCUCUGGAGCAUGACGUCUGAUAGGUCUCACCAAAAACCAAACAACUUACAAUCACAGCAUUAAGUUUUGUGUUGCCAAUAUUCCCCUGUUUCGUUGGAUGUUUUUAGGACAUCAGAUUUUCUUAAGCUUUUUUGAACAAGAGUUGUAAUCAUUCCACCGAGUUUGUGUUUUAACAUAAUGAAGCACCAUUUUUCGUCAUUUGGCAUUUUGUAGCUUUUAACUUGUUGCUGUAUAAUUCCCUUUUCGGAUCAUGCUUGACAUUUUUCAGAGAAAUGGAAAUACUUUGUUUGGAUAUUGAAUUUAAUUGUCAGGUUUGCUGUAAUGUACAAGAAUAUUGUAUUGUUAUUUAAGUGAUUAUAAUUGUGUAUAAGUAAUAUAAAUAAUCAAAAUAAAGAUGACCGUUAAAGCGAUUGUAUAAAUGUAUUGAAGAGCUUUUGUAUGUCUUUGUUAAUAUAUAGCUACUAAUGAUUAGUUAGACUGAGUUCUCAUUUCUCCUACAAAUAAAUGCUUCCUACCAUA